AUGGGAAAAGUUUCUAAAGUCAAGAAAACAAAAGCUGGACAAGCUGCUGGAAAUGUUCAAUGUAUGGUUAUUUUUUCACAUCCAUUUUAAAAAUUCUAAUAAAUAUUGAAAAUAUUACAGCCCUUCCAUUCAACACAGACAAAGGUCAACAUAUUUUGAAAAAUCCGGGAGUUGUAAAUGCGAUCGUCGAAAAAUCGGCACUGAAAUCAACAGAUACAGUACUCGAAGUUGGUCCAGGAACCGGUAAUUUGACUGUGAAAAUGUUGGAAGUUGCAAAAACUGUAAUCGCGUGUGAAAUUGAUCCAAGAAUGAUUGCUGAAGUCAAAAAACGUGUUCUUGGAGGGUGAGAUUUAUUUAUUUAUCUGAAUUGAAAAAUAACAUGAUUGAAAAAAAUUCAGACCUCUUCAAAAUAAACUUCAAGUAAAUGCAGGAGAUGUUAUGAAAAUGGAAUGGCCAUUUUUCGAUGUUUGUGUUGCUAAUUUACCAUAUCAGAUCUCUUCUCCAUUUGUACAGAAAUUACUUUUGCAUCGACCACUUCCACGGUAAUUUUAAGAUUUUCUGUGAGAAUCCUAAAAAAUACAUUUUUUCAGAUAUGCGGUUUUAAUGUUUCAAAAAGAGUUUGCUGAUCGAUUAGUUGCAAAACCGGGAGAUAAAGACUACAGUCGAUUAUCUGUAAAUGUUCAAUUAUUAGCAAAAGUUGAAAUGUUGAUGAAAGUAAAGCGAACCGAAUUUCGACCACCGCCAAAAGUUGAUUCUGCUGUUGUUCGAAUUGCACCCAAAAAUCCACCACCUCCAGUUAAUUUUGUUGAAUGGGAAGGACUUUUGAGAUUCUGUUUUAUGCGCAAAAACAAAACGUUAUCGGCUAUUUUCAAGUUGUCAAAUGUUGUUGAAUUGAUCGAGGAAAAUUAUAAAAAAGUUUGCAGUUUUAAAAAUAAGGUGGGCUUUGAGAAAUAUAUUUGGGAAAAUGUUCAUCUUCGAGGGUUUUUAGUUGUUUCAAAUAAAUUUUCUAUUUUCGAAAAUAUAUAGCAAACUUAUCUUGAGAGAAAACAUUACCCAUUUUGAACAGUUCCAAAUAAUCCAUUUUCAGCCAGUUCCGAAAGACCUCAACAUGAAAUCGCUCAUCGAAUCAACUUUGAUCGAAUCCGGAUAUGCGGAAAGCCGCGCAAGAAAAAUGAGAGUCGAAGAUUUUCUUGCACUUCUUCUUGCUUUCAACAAAGCUGAUAUUCAUUUUAUCUCAUAA